UGGCCGGAGGGCUGGGCUGGGCAGGGCCGGGCCGGGCGGCGGGGUCGCGCCGCUGCCGUCGCUGCCCCGCGAUCGCCGGUGCCGGCUGCGGCGGUUUUCGUAGCUGAAAGAAAAUGAUGGAAGAGAGUGGAAUAGAGACAACUCCACCUGGCACACCCCCACCAAGCACAGUGGGGGCUACUGCUGCCUCUGCUACACCUGUCUCAUUAGCUUUGUCCAGUCCCCUUGCUACACCAAGCAUGUCAUCAUCUCCAGCAUACUCACCACCCAUGCCAGCUGCAGUGUCUCCACUUCCGCCUCCAUUGAUGACUUCCGCUUCUCUUCCAUUUGUACCUUCUGCAGCAGUUUCUACUAUUGCACCACCUUUAACUCCUGCCCCACCUCCUAUUGCCCCUUCAGCUUUUAGUACCUCCCUGUCCCAGUUCUCUACACCUCCUCCAUUGAGCUCUACAGCUGGCCCUGGUCUUUCUGCACCUCCCACUGGUCCACCUAUUUCAGGAUUUUCCAUGUCUUCAACCUAUGACAUUACCAGAGGUCAUGCAGGUCGAGCUCCACAGAGCCCACUGAUGCCGUCAUUUUCUGCACCUCCGGUCACAGGUGUUUUGGCAGAUCCUAUUACUCAACAAGCAUCUUUCUCAGCCCCUUUGGCUUCUGGAACUGGAAGUGGUUCUGCAAUCACUUUUCCUGAGGAGCAUGAAGACCCCAGAGUGUCUACUACUCAGGGUGGAGCACCUGCUGGAGGACUGUGGGGGUUUAUAAAGGGUGUAGCUGAGAAUCCCAUGGUGAAGUCUGUUCUUGAUAAAACCAAACAUUCAGUGGAGUCCAUGAUCACAACACUGGAUCCUGGGAUGGUUCCAUAUAUCAAAACUGGUGGAGAACUGGACAUUGUGGUUACUUCUAAUAAAGAAGUGAAAGUUGCAGCAAUUCGAGAUGCUUUUCAAGAAGUCUUUGGAAUGGCUGUUGUUACUGGAGAGGCUGCACAGUCUAACAUUGCACCCCAACCUGUGGGCUAUGCUGCAGGUUUAAAAGGAGCCCAAGAAAGGAUAGACAGCUUGCGUCGGACAGGAGUAAUACAUGAAAAACAACCUGCUGUGUCAGUGGAAAACUUCAUUGAGGAAUUGCUUCCUGACAAGUGGUUCGACAUUGGAUGUUUAAUUAUUGAGGAUCCAGUUCAUGGAAUUCAUCUGGAAGCUUUUACUCAAGCAACACCAGUGCCUUUACAAUAUGUACAGCAGGCUAAGAGUCUCACUCCUCAGGACUACAAUCUGAGAUGGUCAGGCCUGUUGGUGACAGUGGGCGAAGUGCUUGAGAAGAAUAUACUGAAUGUCAACAGGACUGAUUGGCACAUGGUAUUCACUGGCAUGUCCCGUCGACAGAUGAUCUACAGUGCAGCCAAGGCUCUAGCAGGAAUGUACAAACAACAUCUACCACCCAGGACCGUUUGAAAGAAGGCUGAUCCGUGACACUAAGGAAUAUUGGCUUUGUUUCUGGAAUAGUGAAAACUACGUAUUCUAAUUCUCAGUGGGGAUACAGCACAGAUUUCUUAUCUACCUGUAAACGGUAUUUUACUUUUUAAGAUGUGGAGGUAGUUUCCAAUAGUGGAAAUGAGCAAUUCCAAUUUUUAAUAAGCAUGUGAUUUCCAAUAUGAUUCACAAAAGAGGAAAUCAGAACAAACAGAUAUAUUUAUAAGACAAAUAACAUCACAGUUUAUAAAUUGGAAUGUGCUAUUACUUGACACCUUAAUAGGCAUUUCUGAAAUGUUUAAUAUUUCAGUUACUCAAUAUACUUUUUUCAAGAUGGGGAUCAUUGUUUAGCAACUUCUAUUAUAUUAGUAAUAUAAACAUGUUGACAGCAUAAUAUGUAUGUUAUAUGUGCAUUUCAAUCUAGAGAGACAACUUCUGUAUUAGAUGUUUUCUUGGGGCCUGUGCUUAAGUGGUAUUUCACACAUCAGAGGUUUGGUGUAUGUAAGUAAGUUCUCAGGACUGAUGCUGAGUAGUUUUUUUUAACAUGUAACAGUGAACUGCUGAAGAAGAGCACAAAUCCAUGCUCAGUUCAAGUCUGGGCUAAAUAAUUAUUGAAAUCUCAUUUUCCAAGCUGCAUCUUUUUCUUUUUUAUGUAUAGCUUCUCUGUAGCAGAGAUGAAAUAAUCUCCAGUUAAAACACACAGCAGAUUUCAUGUUGUUUCAGUGGUUUUUAGAUCAGGUAGCACAUACACAUGAAAUUAUCUCAGCAUUGCAUUUCAACACCAUUUACUACAGUAUUUCCAAACCAGACAUUUUAUAUGGAAUUAGUAUAAUUUCUUCUAUCAAGUUAUGGUUGUCAGCAAUUGGAUGUGGAAAAUAGUGAGAUGUAUAUCACUUGCUUUGCUAUCCUGCAUUUUUUAAACAUUUAUGUCUUAAAUGCCUUCUUGAUGUCAUGGGCUCACUGUUUCUCAUACAAGUUUUUAAUCUUCUCUGAUUUUUUUUUUCAUGGCUUCAUUCCUUCUAUCUAUGCUCACACAAUCGUAAAUCUUUAUGCAGAAAUAUGGAAGUAAUUGUGAAGAGAAUAUUUUGGUAAUAAUACUUUUUUUAAGAACAAAGAAUAAACAAUUACUUUUUGUUUGCCUUAAACAGUUUUUCAGCUUGUAUUCUUUUGCUUUUACCUUUCUUGAUGCUUUCAAAGGACAUUUUUAUAUGCAAAACUGUUAAGCCAGUUCAUAUUUGUACCCAGUGAAAGCCUGUCUAUUUCCAAGUAAUAUAUUUUGCCUUAAUUGGCUUACUCUGUAAAUUAGUUGAAUAAAUGUUUUUCCUAGAGGAUUGAACCU